AUGCAAACAACCGCCUGCUUCCCCCACCCUGCGCUUCUUCCCCCAGAGAAGGAAGAAGGGAGAGGAGAGGGCGCAGCUCCAAGCCUGGUCCAGCAAGUCUGACAAUGGGACGUGAACGUUCCGACAAGACGAUCUGACACCGCAAGCACCCGGUUUACCAGGCUCUGAGUUUGCAUACGGCACCCCAACGCCUAGCCUGACCCCCCCACAGCUCCGGGAUAUCCCAGCCCCUGCGUCUUGUGCAGGUGGCGCAAACGCCCCUACUCUCCGGCGCCCCCUGCCGGGAAGAGGGACGGCGGCGACCACGGAAGAGCAGGACUCGGGGCUGGGACAGAGCUCGCGCACCGGGAAGGAGCCGGGAGGAAGCCGGGAGCUUCCCUGAUGGUGCCACCGCCUCCUCCGAGCCGGGGAGGAGCAGCUAGGGGGCAACUGGGCAGGAGCCUGGGUCCGCUGCUGCUGCUCCUGGCGCUGGGACACUCGUGGACCUACCGAGAGGAGCCUGAGGACACCGACAGAGAAAUCUGUUCAGAAAAUAAAAUCGCAACGACCAAGUACCCUUGUCUGAAGGCUUCAGGCGAGCUCACGACGUGCUACAGGAAAAAGUGCUGCAAAGGAUAUAAAUUUGUUCUCGGACAAUGUAUUCCAGAAGACUAUGACAUCUGUGCUGAGGCUCCCUGUGAGCAGCAGUGCACAGAUAACUUCGGCCGCGUGCUGUGCACCUGUUACCCAGGAUACCGAUACGACCGCGAGCGACACCGGAGGCAGGAGAGGCCGUACUGUCUGGAUAUCGAUGAGUGUGCCACUAGCAAUGGGACGCUGUGUGCCCACGUCUGUGUCAACACCUUGGGUAGCUAUCGCUGCGAAUGCCGGGAGGGCUACAUCCAGGAGGAUGACGGGAGGACGUGCACUUGGGGGGAUAAAUACCCCAAUGACACUGGCCAGGAGAAGUCCGAGAACGCAGUGAAAGCUGGAACGUGCUGCGCCACGUGCAAGGAGUUCCACCAGAUGAAGCAGACGGUGCUGCAGCUGAAGCAGAAGAUUGCCCUGCUCCCCAACAAUGCUGCUGACCUGGGCAAGUACAUCACUGGUGACAAGGUGCUGGCCUCAAAUGCAUACCUUCCAGGACCUCCCGGCCUGCCUGGCGGUCAGGGCCCUCCUGGCUCACCAGGACCAAAGGGGAGCCCAGGCUUCCCCGGUGUGCCAGGCCCUCCUGGGCAGCCUGGCCCCCGGGGCUCAAUGGGACCCAUGGGACCAUCUCCUGAUCUGUCCCACAUUAAGCAAGGCCGGAGGGGCCCUGUGGGCCCACCAGGAGCACCUGGAAGGGACGGUUCCAAGGGAGAGAGAGGAGCGCCUGGGCCUAGAGGGUCUCCGGGCCCCCCUGGUUCUUUCGACUUCCUGCUGCUUAUGCUGGCUGACAUCCGCAAUGACAUCGCUGAGCUGCAGGAUAAGGUGUUCGGGCACCGGACUCACUCCUCAACAGAGGAGUUCCCUUUACCUCAGGAACUUUCCAGCUACCCAGAGACCAUGGACUUGGGCUCUGGAGAUGACCACCCGAGAAGAACUGAGACGAGAGACUUCGGAGCCCCCACAGACUUUUUUCCAUAGCACAGCCCAGCAUCUUCAUCCCAAAGGAAGAGAAAGAAGAGCAUUUUCACCUGCAGUUGAGUCAUCUUUAGAGAAGAAAAACAUCACUGGAAACCUAGGAAAGAUAUUUCUUUAAUCUUUUCCUGACUUCUCCCUGUGUCUCUUUGUCCAAAUACUAUUUUAGAGUCCCCUGAGACCUGCCACAAAUUUAAGGGAGUGAAUGACUGAUUCCCAGGCUUCUCUCGGAGAGUCAGUUGAGAUGGUUGGCAUUGAGACUUUUCUUUCACAGACCAUUUUUUCUGGAACUUCUGGAUUUGAGUUUAGUACUCUGAUAAUGCCUUAAAACUUGACCGAACACCAAAGAGAGAAACAUGGCAAGGUGAGCUCUAAGAAAAUGUGAGGCUAUUUCUAAAAAAAAUAAUAAUAAUAAGAGGGUAUACAAAAUAGACUUAUUCUUCUAGCAUCAAAAUUAGGGCUCUUCAAUGAAAAAGGAGUGGGGAGAACAGCCAUGUAGGUUUACCUUGGUGGAUAAUUCUUUUUUCUUUUCCAUCUAAUAGAUUUUAAAUAUUCUGUCUUUUUAUCAGUGUUAUUUCCCUUCUUUUUUUUUUUUUGCAGUUUUUGGCUGGGGUUGGGUUUGAACCUGCCACCUCCAGCAUAUGGGGCUGGCACUCCAUUCCUUUGAGCCAAAGGCACUGCCCCCCACCCCCCAAUUUUCUUUUAAAGGAGAAAAUUAAGGAGUAGAGAUAAGAAUUACAGUCACAUGUUUACUGUCAUAUGGGUUGCCGUAUUUUAAAAUUAAGAUAUGGUAGCUUAAAGGUUCAUGUCAUGCUUAUUCAUUAGUAUCCUAUUUGGAGAAGAAUAAAUCUUCUUUUUGAAAAACAGGGACGGAUAUUCCCUGAUUCACAUUAGAACAAAUGGGCUCUGGGUUUGCUAGGACAUUCUAAAGCUAUUUGGUCAAGAGUAGGGCCGCCCUAUAAACCAGAGUGCUUGUUAAAUAAGGUGGCUGACCCUCAGGGACAGGUGCAGAACUCCUGGUUCUGAUUAUGUGCCCAGAAGGUUCUAUAAGGCCAUCAUCCGGGCUGGAUCAAUCCACGGUAGGAUGCGAGGCUGCAAGGAGGUUGGUGGCAGAUAAGUGUCAGUGGGCAAUGAUCCCACUGAAGCCAUGCUGGCAGUGGCAGGUAAAUGUGCUCUCCUGGAGCAUGGGAAGUCCUUGUCUGGGCCGGCCAGCCUGCCACCAUACUGCAAAUAAUACUUUAUUGAAAAUUAUGUUGGGCUGCGGCAGUAGCACUCUAGGAGGCCGAAAUGGGUGGAUUGCUUGAACUCAGGAGUUCAAGACCAGCCUGAGCAAGAGCAAGACCCCUAUCUCUACUAAAAAAAAUAGAAAAACUAUCUGGGCAUUAUGGCAGGUGCCUAUAGUCCCAGCUACUUGGGAAGCUGAGACAUGAGGAUGGCUUGAGACCAGUAUUUUGAGGUGGCUGUGAGCUAUGGCAUUACAGCACUCUACACAGGGCAACAGAGUGAGACUGUAUCUGAAAAAAAAAAAAAAGGCUCGGUGCCCAUAGUACAGUGGUUACAGCGCCAGCCACAUGCACGAGGCUGGCGGGUUCGAGCCCGGCCAGGGCCAGCUAACCAACAAUGACAACUGCAACAAAAAAAUAGCCACGCAUUGUGGUGAGCGCCUGUAGUUCAGCUGCUUAGGAGGCUGAGGCAAGAGAAUCACUUGUCCUCUACUGAGGACAACAUAGUGAGAGUCUGUCUCAAAAAAAAAAAAAAAAAAAAAAGAAAGAAAGAAAGAAAAGAAAAUUGACGGCAAGGGGAAAAAAGCCAGUGGUUUUCCUUGUUUGGCAGAAAGUUCCCUCCUGCAAUUCCCAUUUUUCCUCAGUGUCCUCUAAUUUAGUCCAACUUCCAGUUCUUUGGGGCCUUCUCCUUGAUUUCCUUUCUUUAUUAAUAUGAAAAGCAACUUAGUAAAGAGGGUACAUACCCCAGCAUCCCCUUGAGUCCGAGCUGUCUCAGAGCACCUGUGGCUCCAGAGGGAGCCGUGCUCCUUUCUCUGGACUCAGAGGCAGGAGGACCAAGGGGGCAGCAGGAGGGUCGGCUCCUUUAUAACACUGUGGGGGCCUCUUGAUUUCAAAGGCAGCUUUGAAAUGUUGAAAUAUGUUCCUUAAGCUCUGCCUUGUCACUGGACACACAAAGUGGCUUUUAAUCUACCCCUUUCAGGAGAACUUCACUCUUAGACGCUGAGCUUCACAAUUCUCACUCUUGUGUCUGCUCGUGUUGGAGUUUCCCUUUUUUUUUUUUUUGGCCGGGGCCAGGUUUGAACCCGCCACCUCCAGAAUAUGGGGCCAGCGCCCUACUCCUUUGAGCCACAGGUGCCACCCGAGUUUCCCAUCUUUCUAUUUUGUGCUAUCCCUUUAUAUUUCUGAGAAGUCUGCUUGGCUUUCUGUCCAUGUUCUUUUAAUCUCCAUCAUUUAACCCCCCUUCUGUGAAAGUUGACUUAGAGAAAAUCACUGGUGUUGGGUUGGAAUGUUCCUCUCCAGGCUUCUUUUUAAAGAGUGACAGCAAGCCCUGUUUGCAGGUCUCAAGUGGCAGCAACUCCCUUCACUUGUGCCUGAAACACAGGACUUAGUUACAUCGGGCAGCUGAGUCUUUCACAAACAAUUUGCUCCAUCAUUUCUUAUGCAAAAUCUCCAGUGACUAUCCCCUAACAUUUUAAAAGUGAAAGCAAACACAUUCUCAAACUUGACAUUCAUAGCAAAGGCCCUGUCAACCACAGUUUAUGAAGAGAUGAACUGAACAGACCUUGAUUCUCAUUUAGAAUAUAUUGAAUGUUUGCUUGUAGCGCACAUUUAUUUAAAGGGUGAGGAUGGAUGAAUGCUUUUUAAAAAAGAAAAACUAUGCACACUAUGCACAGGCUCUGUGAGAGAUUAAGUGUCUUUGAUUUUUUUAAUGGAGAAUUUUAUUACCUUUUUCUUGACAGUGAACUGUAUUUAGAAGAAUGAUCUCUAUUGUCAAAUGUUCAUAAAAUGCAACCAAACUGCAUGUUUGCUCAAAGGCUAGGAUAAUAUAUUAAAAGAACGAAUAGGAAGGAGUAAUAUCUGGAUUUCAUAAGACUAUUCUAAAUGAUAAUAUUCUCUAGCAAAACCACACAACAACCUGUAUUCUAUGUCAAUCUGCUGGACCGGGUCAAUUUUAGAAAAUAAUUAUUAAUCCUUAAAUUUUCAAAACAUGGACUACUGUGAGACUAGUAUGUACUCUGUACACCCAAAUUUAUUUUUCAAAGAUGAGAUAUAAGACAUUAUCAUUACUAAUGUAUCUUUUAGUUAUGAAAAGAAAAACAAAACUUCACUGUCUAAACCAGACUUCUGCUUACAACCUAAUGGGAAAGCCAUUUUGGGAGUAAAAUUUUCUACAAUUUGACUAAGUCACUUCACGUUUCAUGGGAAAAAAGGAUCUCUGUACACUCCUCAACCCAUUAGUAGAAAUAAUGUUGACUUCAGUUUUUUAUGCCCUCCUGACCAGGACUUAGGAGUUGGGCUUCAUAAAUUGCCUCUGUUUUGGAAAACAUGGUAAUAAAAAUUGGUUGAGAAUAGUAGGUGGAGGGCAUGCAUGUUAGUUUAGGAAAACUCCCCUUCCCAGUUCCAGAGGAAGAAUUUAUAAGCUUUACUCUUCCGAAAGGGAGUGGGGACACCCAAAGGAUGAUGCCAUCUCUUUCCUUCUGAGUUAAUUCCCAAUACCUGGCACAGGAUUAAUGGACCAAAGUCAUUUCUACUGUAUACUGAGAUAGGUGUGUCCAUUUCUUAUUUACCUCUAUUGAUACC